AUGGCUGGGGUGGUGAUGACAGGACAAGCCCCUAACACACCUUUGUGCAAGGACAUCCUCGCGUGUGUCCUCGUGCGAUCCGGUUGGAGCAACACACAGUCGCCUGAGAGCCGGUCGCGCGAGGGCGCAGUUCAUAUAACCAUGGAAUUAGCGCUGCGUGAACUCGUAUUUGGCAUGGGGUUAGGCCGUGCCAAGCUCCACUAG